AUCCCUGCUUACAUAAUCCUUGCACUUGAAGUUCUUGAAAUGACACUAUUUUUUUUUUAUUUUUUUUUUGAAGAGACAUGCUAAGAUCAACAAGACGAACUUUUCACUCAAGCUGCCAAAGAUUUACACCUAACACUGUACUCUACGGCUGGGGGCAAACACAAGCUCUGCCUUUGAGCGAAGGUCAUAUGGAUCGCGUCUUUAAUCGACCUGUCUGUCUCAAGAAUGAGAAGGAUUAUGCUUUACCUAGAGAUCAACGCAUUACUCAUGUAGCAACAGGAUGGGGUCAUUCCUUGUUUGGAACAGAGAGUAAUCAAGUUUAUGCAUUUGGUUUAAACCAAAGUGGACAACUUGGUACAUUAGGUGUAGGAAGCCAAGUAUUAGCCAAUGAACAAGAAAAGCUAAAGUUCCUUGCUUGUGGGCGUGAGCAUUCACAUAUAGUUACAGAAAGCAGUGAUGAAUCAACACAGCUUUAUUCUUUUGGUAACAAUAUGUACGGUCAAUUAGGUCUAGGCAAAAACAAGAAUACACAUCCUGGUAAACUCAUUGCAGAACAAAUACCAAGACUUGUGCCAUUUAAAGGAGACAAAGUGGACCAUAUUCAAUGUGGACUAGACCAUACUAUCUUUUCAACUAUCGAUGGUUCUAUUUACGGUAUGGGGUGGAGUGCAGAUGGUCAAUUGGGUCAAGGAAAAGACGAUAAAGACAGACCUUCUCGACUAGGAUUGUCCAUGAAGGUCAAGAAGUUAUCUAGUUCAACUGAUUUCACAUUGGCAUUGGGUCAAGAUGGGAAGUUAUGGACAUGGGGUAACUCUGAAUAUGGUCAAGGUAUUCAGGGGAAAGUGAUUGAUAGAAUUUUAGAACCACUUGAGAUCCAUGUAAGCGAUGUGGUUGACAUUGCUGCGGGUGGGCCAUUUUCUGUUUUGUUGACAAAAGAUGGAAAUGUACAUACAUGCGGCUAUGGUGCAUUAGGUUUAGGCCAAGAUACAAUUCAGACGCUGGAAUUAAAGCAAAUUGAAGGUUUAAAUCGUAUUUCUAAAGUAUAUGCUACAACUGAUUAUGCUGCUGCCAUAACAGUUUCGGGUGAACUCUAUAUGUGGGGAUUAAAUGGAAUCCAUAGUCGUUUAGGUUUAGGGAAUCAUGAACAUGCAUUCAUACCUCAGCGUGUAGAAUUAGAUAAAAAGAUUGUCGAUCUGUUCCUUGGUACAAACCAUGCUAUUGCAAUGUGUUUGGACAAUUGAUAUAAAUAAGCAGUAAAUAAAAGGAAAUAAUAAUAUAAAAAAAAAGGGAGGGAAAUGAUAGCUUAAAUAUGUCUUUACUCCUUACUUGAAGGGAGAAACCUCCGAAUCAAGAAUGAUCCAAACAAUAAAGUUUAUUUUAUUUCUUCUUACCUAAGGUAUGUUAUGGAUUAAUUUUUCGCGCACA